CCGACCAGAACCGGUCCGCGGAAACCGAGCCACUAUUGGACACCGCCGCCUCUUCCGACGAUACCUCAACAGUAGUAGCCGAUCCGACACCGGCCACCGGUGACGAGCAGGAAGACAGUAUGGCCGGCGCCAGCAAGGAACUCAAGGCGGACACACAGGCCAGCGACGACGCGUCAUCGUUGACACCGAAAACCAAGGACGACAGCAUCAUGUCGCUCCUGUACUCGUUCGCGAAGAAGGUGGUGACGGUGGGCAUCAUCUACUUCGUCGGCUACAUGGGCUGGUCGGUGGCGUGGCUGGUCACGCCCGUUAUCCUGUCGGUGGCCCGCGAAUCCUGGCGCAAGACCAACGACACGCGGCGCAGUGUAGCGAAGGCGUCGGCGAUGGCGAACGAUAAGGACGUUAUCCUUGCGCGGCUCCAUGACCUUCCGGCCUGGGUCUUUUUCCCGGAUAUAGAACGUUGCGAGUGGCUUAACAAGAUUUUGAAGCAAGUCUGGCCGAAUGCAAACUUCUACGCGAAAAAUCUCAUUAAGGAAUCGAUCGAACCGAACAUUCAGCAGGCAAUGGCCGGCUACAAGCUGAAUGGAUUCAAAUUCGAUCGCAUGAUUUUGGGGACGAUUCCUCCACGUAUCGGUGGCGUGAAGGUGUACGAUAAAAACGUGUCACGCAACGAAAUCAUCAUGGAUCUGGACCUGUUCUACGCCGGUGACUGUGACAUCAGCUUCGCGCUCAGCGGACUCCGGGGUGGCAUCAAGGACUUUCAGAUCCACGGUACCGUGCGCGUGAUUAUGAAGCCACUAAUUUCGCAGAUGCCACUGGUCGGUGGGCUGCAGAUCUUCUUCCUGAACAACCCGAACAUCGACUUCAACCUGGUCGGUGUGGUCGAUCUGCUCGAUAUGCCCGGGUUGAGCGAUAUUCUCCGGAAAAUCAUCGUGGAACAGGUGGCCGCCAUCAUGGUGCUGCCGAACAAGCUGCCGAUUGUGCUGAGCGAUGGUGUGCCGGCGCUGUCGUUGAAGAUGCCCGAACCGGAGGGUGUACUACGAAUCCACGUUGUCGAGGCGAAGGACCUCAUGAAGAAGGACAUUAGCAUGCUGGGCAAGGGCAAGUCCGAUCCGUACGCCAUUAUUUCUGUAGGUGCUCAACAGUUCCGCACGCAAACCAUCGACAACACGGUGAACCCGAAGUGGGAUUACUGGUGCGAGGCUGAAAUUAAUGCCAUCCUCAGGCAAGAGAUUGAACUCAACCUGUGGGAUUGGGACCCGGGCUUCCCCGGGGUACAGAACGACGAUUUUCUCGGCAGAGCCACUGUGGAAAUCAGCAGCGUUACGAAGAACGGUGAAAUCGAUACGUGGUUAACGCUGGAACAAGCCAAACAUGGAAUGGUGCACCUACGCAUGACCUGGUUUAAACUGAGCUCGAACAAGUCGGAUCUCCGGUCCGCCCUCGAAGAAACGCAACAUCUGCGUGUGACGUCCAUGAGCACUGCCCUGCUAACCGUCUUCAUCGAUUCGGCGAAGAACUUACCGCAAGCACGACAGCAAUCACAGCCCGAUCCCUACCUGGUACUGGCUGUUGGCAAGAAAACCGAGCAGACAUCGGUCCAGAUGCGCACGGAUGCCCCAGUCUGGGAGCAAGGAUUCACCUUCCUCGUCGGCAACCCAGACAAUGAUACGCUACAGCUGAAGGUGAUCGAUCAGAAGACUGGAAACACGAUCGGAACGUUGAUCUACAUACUGAGUGCAUUGAUGGAGAAAAAGAACCUUGAAAUCAUGUCGCAACCGUUCCAAUUGCAAAAGUCGGGUGCCGAAUCCAAGAUUCUUAUGUCACUUUCGCUGCGCAUCUUGAAACGCUACCAGGAGCUGGAGGUGGAACCGACUCCCGAGAAAGGUUCGCGGACAGAAGGCGAUGCUGUGCUGACGCGCUCGAGUUCCGUACGUGCUCCAUCCCUUUCGCAAUCCUCUAGCCAGCAGGCCACGUCAGUGGAAGCCACAACACCGGAAGGCCUUGCUCAUCAGGGCAGUAUUCGGAAGCAGGAUUCACGCAAAUCGACCACUUCAGCGAUCCUCGAUCAGAUGUCCGUCCACCAGGAGGAACCAUUUGUUGUGUCGACGCUGAACACCGUGAUGAUGGCUACACCACCACGCAGUCCAAACCUUAGCGACGGCGGCACGGAGCUGUUGCGCCGCAGCCCCAGCACGACCUCUUCGGCUGGGUCGGCCGGGCUGGGACGCAUCCAGCUUACAGUCUCUUAUAGCGUCCAGCGGCAGCGACUGCUCGUGAUUGUGCACAAGAUCAAUAACAUACCACUGAAGGAUCCGAGCAACAUUCCCGAUCCGUAUGUGAAGCUCUAUCUGCUGCCCGGCCGUACGAAGGAAUCGAAACGCAAAACCAACGUGGUGAAGGAUAACUGCGAUCCCGUUUUCGAUGCCACCUUUGAGUACAUCAUUUCAAACGCCGAGCUCGUAAACUCGGAACUAGAGAUUACUGUCUGCACGCAAAAGGGUUUCUUCGGUAGUCCGGUCAUUGGCAUGCAAAAAUUGACCCUUAACGACCUGGAAAUUGCAAGUGGACAAGGCGUCCGGGCUUGGUACGAUUUGUUACCGGAGUCAAAGUUUGAAUAAAAGCUGCGAGCAUUGUAACCGUAGGCAGGUUCCAUUAUUCGGAAGGAGCGUGAUGCGAAGAACAAGCCGUGAAGCCGUGAGCCGAUAGCAUUUAGACGUGAACUUAUGACACAUGUGAGCCUACCGUGGCCAACAAAUAUCGAUAUUUUUACAGCGAAACAUCGUACACAGUUGCGGAAUUUGAUUCCGCAUCGAUACUAAUUUUUGUUCUGCCUGCAUCGAUAGUUUUAAGUGCGAAGCACGAAAUGAGGAUAGCGUCCAAAGGUGGGUGGAAUGAAAAUAUGCCUCAUGUCUCUUACAAAGCUUGAACAAAAUAAUCUUUUUCUGUUAUAUUAUAUUUAAAAAGCUCGUGAAUAUUGGUACAGUGAAAGGUGUACAAGCAAAAUAAAUGUUCAUCGCCAUGCGUUAGUAGCGAUUUUUAAACACGCCAUCGAGCGAAAGAUUUACAAAAAGUUGCCCGUAGCAAAGGCGGGCAAAUAAACAGCAUUUUUACCGCACACAAAUAAAAUCAUGUCUUAAAAAUAUAUUGAACCAAAAUUCUCGAACCUUCUGUAUGAGGGGUCCGUUACAAGUCACAUUAGAGAACAUUGAAUCAUUGUAGAAAAACGUGAUUUUAUUCAAACUCAAGAAGAAAGUUCAUUUUGCAGGUUGACAAAAUGCACAAGAGGUUAUUCUUUUGUAGAGUUGUUGAAGUGAUUGGGUUGGUAAAUUAGGGUUCAUCUCGAUUCGAAUUUCAAAUUUCUAUCUCACUGUUUCAUCAGACAUGUAAACCAAUUUGCGGCCCAUUUCGUGUGGUCGAUAAUUUCUAAGCAAACUGAACGAAAGUUGUCUCCAAAAUGUGUCAAUUAUAGUGAAGCCCCUCUGCUCUGCGCUAAUAGCGAUAGCAAGGAAUCGUGUCGUAGUUGCAGGUAGUACUCUCAGUACAGUAGCGCCAAGAGUAGUGCAUGGCGAAGUUUUUGAGUCGAUUGAGGCCAAGCUUGUAGCCUAGAUAGCUUGUUUGAACAAACAUGGAAACGAAAAAAGUGGACCGAGUGUAGAAACUCGAAUGAAUCACUGUAAAACGUGCUGAAAAGGUAUGUAAAUAUUAGUUUGCUGCGCCACUGAAGGCUCCCGUUGUAUGCACAUGCACGAACAGUUAUUUCUUCAAUUCUGUAUUUUAAAUCGAGCUUUAUGUUUGUCAGCACUAAUAGUCACGCUUCCUAUGCUGUUAUCGGAAUGAAAGAAAUCUAGAAGUGAACCAUUACAUUGUUCCGAUUUAUCAAGAGCUUAUAAAACUUUACUACAAUCACAAUUGCAUUAAAACAACCUUUUCGUAGAGGCCUACAACAUGUAGAGAUAUGAGAGAGAAACAACAUUAAAGUCGAAGAGGAGCUGAUGCGAUGCAGGUAAAUAAUGUUCAGUGUAAGGACCAGUGGUACCGAAUACCGAAAACAUUACUACAUUUUGGUCGAUUAAGGUAAACGUUAAACAAAUGUACUAUUUGAGUGAGAUAGUAAAAAAAGCCUUUCACAAAUCUAAAGAAUUGUUCCAAAACAGAUCGAAAUAGCUGUGGCACGUCAGACAACGUCAUAUGCUUGGUGUAGCGUAGGUUUAAGACGAACAAUACUUUUUAAUCACGUUUAGCUAUGCUCUCAGCACAAACGCCACGAUUUACCGAUUUGCUUCGAGUAGCACGCAACACGCGCAAUCAGUCGUACGCAAAGAGAAAUAAA